AGUGAUAAUGGAACCGAACCCAAGAAGAAUUUAUGAACCACAGAGAAAUUGGGUACCUUUCUCUUUUCUUUUCUUUCUACCAACAUAUUAUGAAUAUUCAUUUCUUGCUCUGUUAUAUUUCCUUUUUUAUGAUCCAUCAUGAUCAUGUUUAGCACCAAGUAGUAAAAUCAAUAGAAACUUUUUUUUUCUCACUGCUGCUAUGAGUAGUAAGAAAGGUUUGAUGAUUCCCAAUAAUUUGGAAGAAGCUUCAGUGAAGUUGUUAAACCAAUUUGUGAAAGUGAAGGAAAAUUCACGGAUUUCUUACUUUCUUAUUCUCGUUUUCAUUGCUUGGUUUAUUCACAAAUGGAUCUUCUCUUUCUCCAAUUGCCUUCCAGUUAUCCUUCUUCUCUUUGCAUCUACACAAUAUGGGAAUUACCAGAGGAAAAUACUUGAAGAGGACUUGAACAAGAAAUGGAAUCGUAUCAUAGUCAAUACUUCGCCUGUCACACCAUUGGAACAAUGUGAGUGGUUGAAUCUAUUGUUGUCACAAAUCUGGUCCAAUUAUUUUAAUCCUAAGCUUUCAACAAGGUUAUCAGCCAUAGUAGAGAAACGUUUAAAGCUGCGCAAACCAAGAUUUAUAGAAAGGGUUGAAGUGCAGGAAUUUUCACUUGGAUCACGCCCUCCCAGUUUGGGCCUUCAAGGGAUUAGAUGGUCAACGUCUGGUGAUCAGCGACUCCUGAAAAUGGGUUUUGAUUGGGACACGAGUGAGAUGAGCAUUUUGAUGGUUGCUAAGCUUUCCGUUGGUACUGCCAGAAUUGUGAUUAACAGUCUUCAUAUUAAGGGAGAUCUUCUUGUGACACCAAUACUAGAUGGAAAAGCACUUUUGUAUUCAUUUGUAUCUACACCUGAGGUUAGAAUAGGAAUUGCCUUUGGAAGCGGAGGAAGUCAAUCAGCCACUGAGUUGCCCGGUGUUUCUCCUUGGCUGGUUAAACUUUUUACUGACACUUUGGUAAAGACUAUGGUGGAACCUCGGCGCCGGUGUUUCAGUUUGCCUGCAGUUGAUUUAAGGAAAUAUGCUGUUGGAGGCACCAUAUAUGUUUCAGUGAUUUCCGCAAACAAACUUUCUAGGAGUUGCUUCAAGGGGAGGCAACAAAAUGGCACAAGUGAUGGCUGUUUAGAAGACAACUUGAGCGACAAGGACUUGCAGACAUUUAUAGAGCUAGAAGCGGAGGAGCUGACAAGGAGAACGGGUGUGCGUCUUGGUUCAACUCCAAGAUGGGAUACAACAUUUAAUAUGGUUUUACAUGAUAAUACAGGAAUAGUUCGCUUCAAUCUUUAUCAGUGCCCCUCUGACAGUGUGAAGUACGACUACCUAGCAUCUUGUGAAAUUAAGAUGAGGCAUGUGGAGGAUGAUUCAACAAUAAUGUGGGCAGUAGGGACUGAUUCUGGUGUAAUAGCAAAACAUGCAAAGUUUUGUGGAGAGGAAGUUGAAAUGCUUGUCCCAUUUGAGGGGGCCAACUCAGCAGAGUUAAAGGUGAGAAUUGUAGUGAAAGAAUGGCAAUUCUCUGAUGGUUCUCAUAGCUUGACCAACCUCCAUGCCAGUCCUCAGAAAUCACUUAAGGGAUCAUCAAAUCUUCUUUCAAAAACUGGAAGGAAACUUAAGAUAACUGUUGUGGAAGCAAAGGAUCUUGAUGCAAAAGACAGAUUUGGAAAAUUUGACCCUUACAUUAAGUUGCAGUAUGGAAAGGUUGUCAUGAAAACAAAGAUUGCUCCUCCUCCUGCUACUUUAACUGCUGUCUGGAAUGAUACUUUUGAGGUAGAUGAGAAUAGUGGUGAUGAAUACCUAAUUGUGAAAUGCUUUAGUGAAGAAAUUUUUGGAGAUGAAAACAUUGGUAGUGCACAUGUAAAUUUGGAAGGACUGGUACAAGGGUCAAUCAGGGAUGUAUGGAUCCCACUUGAAGGAGUGAGUUCUGGUGAAUUAAGACUUAAAAUAGAAGCAAUUUGGGUGGAGAACCAAGAGGGAUCAAAGGGUCCACCAUCGGGCGUGACGAAUGGUUGGAUUGAACUUGUUCUUAUUGAAGCGAGGGAUCUUAUUGCUGCUGAUCUUAGAGGGACAAGUGAUCCUUUUGUGAGGGUAAACUAUGGAAACUUAAAGAAAAGAACAAAGGUUGUACACAAAACUAUCAACCCUCGUUGGGACCAGACCUUAGAGUUCUUAGAUGAUGGAAGUCCCCUGACAUUGCAUGUAAAGGACCAUAAUGCUUUACUACCCACAUCAAGUAUAGGUGAAUGUGUUGUAGAAUAUCAAAGCCUUCCUCCGAACCAGACGUCAGACAAGUGGAUACCUCUCCAAGGGGUGAAAAGUGGCGAGAUCCACAUCCAAAUCGCAAGAAAAGUUCCAGAGAUUCAAACAAGACAAUCUCCAGACUUUGAGCCUUCUUUGACUAAAUUACACCAGAGUCCUAGCCAGAUAAAGGAGAUGACAAAAAAGGUUCGGUAUUUAAUAGAGGAUGGAAAUCUGGAAGAACUGUCUACAACUUUGAGUGAGUUAGAAACUCUAGAGGAUACACAAGAAGGGUAUAUAGCCCAGUUAGAGACUGAGCAAAUGCUUCUUAUCAGCAAAAUAAAUGAACUGGGCCAAGAGAUCAUAAACUCUUCUCCAUCUCUCAACGGAAGUGGAAAUUGAUCCUUAUUAGCAUCAUACCACCAUUUAACAUUGCUAUUAGCUGCUUCUUAAAAAAAAAUUGUUAUUAGCUGAAAUUAUUUCUCCAUGUCACGUGGUGUUUGUAAGAAUGAUCACAGACAAAUUUUGUACAUGAUUAUCCAAGUCUUCUCGUA